AUGGUGCGGAGGCGGAGCGACAUCGACUGGUAUAGCGUGUUUCUGUCCGCCUUUUCUCACAACAGUGCGGUCGAUGCUAGCUCCGACUCCCCAGGGCCAGCGUCGCAAGCCCCCGCAUCUCCAGGCGGCCGCCAAAGGUUUGAGGAGCCGUGCAACGAGUUCGAGCGGCGCUUCGGCCCUGGCGCGCAGGUUGAUGAUGGGCCGCACUUCCGACUCCCCCGUGCGGUGGCCAAGGCUGCUGUUGGUUUGGGACCGGAUGUGGAUGUUCCUUCUGCUUCUAAGGGCGUAGAUGAUUUCGGUCUGGUAGAUGAGGAUGAGCAGGGGGAACAUGUGAGCCACGAACACUGUUCGAAGUCAUCUCCCAAGUUUAGUGGGCAGAAGAAGAAUGAUGGCCAGGCUGAUGUUGGUUUGGGACAGGAUCUUCCUUCUGCUUCUAAGGGCAUAUACGAUUUCAGUCCAGUGGAUGAGGAUGAGCAGGGGGAACAUGUGAGCCGCAAACACUGUUCGAAGUCAUCUCCCAAGUUUAGUGGGCAGAAGAAGAAUUAUGGCCAGCUACCCUUGAAUAAAAGGAGAAACCAAGGCCAUGGUGGAAAAAGGAAACCUUCUGUGAACAAUCGGAGGGCUCAUGCCACUAAUCCAGAGGAGUCUGAUUAUGAAAGUUCACUUCCCAGUAGAUUCUCUGAGAGGAGGAAGCAACAGCUUCAUAAUUCAUCUUCUGUUCAUUCUCGAAAGGUUCAAGAUGUGGUUCUAUUGGAUGAUGAAGAUAUGGAACUUAAGGAAGAAGUAAACCGUGAGAUGUCUGACAGACUGAAUGAACCAAAGAUCUACUACCCAUCAAGAGAUGAUCGAGAAGCUGUCGUGCUCACCAGAUCUGAUAUUAAAUGUCUUGAUCCUGAAGUAUUUCUGUCUUCACACGUGAUAAACUUCUACAUCAAGUACAUCGAAAUGACCAGAUUGUGUAAUGAAAAUUUCAGAGAGAAAUUCUACAUUUUUAACACGUAUUUUUUUGGAAAGCUUGAAAAAGCAUUGUUUCAGCCGCGUGACUUCCCAAAGUUGAGAAGAUGGUGGAAAGGUGUCAAUAUAUUCAAUAACGCAUACAUCAUCUUGCCUAUCCAUGCCAAGGAGCACUGGAGCUUGGUAAUCGUUUGCCUUCCUCCAAAAGAGGAAAUUUCAGAACCAAUCGUACUUCAUCUGGACUCCCUAGGGAUGCAUCGCAGUAAUAAGAUCUUGAACACAGUUGGGAGGUACCUUGAAAAGGAAUGGCGCUUCUUAUCCGUUGCAGAGCCAGCUUGGCCGUGUCUUCUAACUGAUAUACGCAAGGAAACUGUCCAGGUUCCGCAGCAGAAUAAUGCUUACGACUGUGGCAUCUUCAUGCUUUAUUAUAUUGAACAGUUUAUAAAAGAGGCACCAGCAAGGUUCACAACCGAUAAACUUGGCAUGUUUAGUCGCAGUUGGUUCAAACCUGAAGAAGCAUCUGGUCUAAGGCAGAGAAUAAGAGAGCUACUGCUAGAAGAAUUCGAAAGUGCCAGUCUGCAUGAUGCUAUAUCAAAAGCAGAUGCAUAUGUGGGCUGUGACAGCAUAAAGGACGGGGAAUUGGAAGCAGACAACUCAAAAAUGAUCGUAGAGGUGGGUGACGCUGCUAAGAGUAUAAAAGGCAUCAGUAUUGCAGAAUCAGAUGAAGCAAGUGGGGAGUUUGGAGACACUGGUAAGACUAACAAAUGCAUCAAGGUCUUGGCAUCAGAAGAAGCAAAUAUGGAGUCUGGAUACCCUGUUAAGAGUAUGGAAGACAUCGCUGAUGUUGCAGUAGUAAACAAAGGGCCAACUUGCAGCGGCAACAAAUGCAACGAGGAAAACGCAGGCUCAUGUUCAGAUAGCGUCAUCAAAGACAAAAAAGGUUCAGUAAAAAUAGAUUCUGGCAGCUCAAAAGCUGAGAAAGAAGGCAAACCGAUUGUAACUGCAUCGCCAGAAAGAUUGAAGGGGAAUGAUGAGGCCAUGGGUAGCACGCCAAUUCCGGAUGCAGUUAGUGACAGCGGUGUGUCGGAGGGGAAUGAGGAGGUCACUGGUAGUAGCAUGCCAAUUCCGGAUGCAGUUUGUGAGAUCACUGGGACCAAGGUGUGGAUCACAAGAGUUUACAGAAGGACAAGUGGAACAACGUUGGAACCUGGCAAUUGGUGUUGGAGCAGCGGCGGAUCCAGCAGGGAUGCACGCAGGAAAUUCAUAGAACACUUCUCUCGAAAAUAG